AUGGAGCUAGAGCUGAAAGCGCGGAAACUGAGUUCUUGGGCCGCAGAGGAGAUGGGAGCGCCCGCAACUGCCCGAGCCUCGGAGGCGACGCUGCGCAGGCUGUGUCUGGGCCAAGGAGCUCACAUCUGGGCCUACAUCUUGCAGCAUGUGCAUAGCCAGAGGAGUGUCAAGAAAGUCCGGGGAAACUUGCUCUGGUAUGGCCACCAGGACAGUUCAGAGGCCCAUCGGAAGUUGGAACUAAAAGCCACUGUGGCCCGCCUGCGAGCAGAGAUCCAGGAGUUAGACCAGAACCUGGAGCAGAUGGAGCAAGACACUGAGGCUCAGGAUAUAGCUGUGGAGCAAACACUGCAGAGGAUCCAGACUACUCAGCACCAUGCCCUCCUCUUCUGGGCCCAAGCCAGAGCCAUGCAAAGACAACAGCGUGGGCUCCAAGGUUCCCUGCAGCAGCUGCAGAAUCAGCUAAGUCGCCUACAGGAUAUUGAGAGGAAGGCCAGAGUCGAUGUGAUCUUUGGAUCCCUGAAGUCAUCAACCCUGAGUGUGGAGCCUGUGGUCCUGUGUGAUGUCCGAACAGCCUGCACACUCCGAGUCCAGUUUUUACAGAGCCUUCUAAGUCCCCAGACCAAGGGAGGCAGCAACCUGACCCCUCAUGAUGACCACUUUGGAACUUCCUAUCAGCAGUGGCUUGGCUCAGUGGAGACAUUAUUGACAAACUACCCCCCAGGCCACAUCCUGGCUGCUAUGGAGCAUCUGGCUGCAGAGCGGGAGGCAGAGAUUCGGUCUCUGUGCUGCAGGGAUGGGCUCCAAGAAAUGGAGAUGCCCAGGCCCCAGGCCCUGGACCAGUCAGAUGCCAGCCAGGCAUUGCCAUCCAUGGUGCUUCUCAUCCAGGAGGGCUGGCGGGCUGUGAGCAUGCUUGUCACCCAGCGAGGCCCCCUCCUGAAGGAACAUAAAGCCCUGGCCCAGCGUCUCCAGGACCUGAUGGAGGAAAUGAAGAGAAGGACCCCAGGAUCCAAGGAGAGGCAGGCACUGAUACUGGGGCUCCAGGGCUGUGGGCUGUGGGCUGAGCUCAAAGCCUUGCAUGCCCAGAGCCAGGAGCUGGCAGAGGCGGCUGGACAGCGGCAUCUUCUGCUGCGGGAGCUACAGGCCAAGCAGCAGCGCAUCCUGCACUGGCGCCAGCUCAUGGAGGAGACACAGGAACAGGUCUGCCUGCUUAUCAAGGGGAACUCAGCCAGCAAGACCCGCCUGUGCCGAAGCCCUGGUGAGGUGCUGGCUUUUGUGCAGCAAAAGAUGGUCCCCAUGUCUGAGGUGGUGGCACCACAGAGCCAGAAGCUGCUUCGCUGUCUGGAAGAGGAGGCCCAGCAUCUGCCCUGCCUACGGUUGGACAACCUGCUGCGACACAACCCCGAAGAGUUGAAGUUGCUGCCCACAGUCCUACCGUCCAUCUACCACCUACACCCGGCAUCCCCCAGGGGCUCUAGCCUCAUAGCACUGAGCCGCACGCUGGGACUGCCCCCUGGGAAGGCCCCAGAGCUGCUCCUUCCAAAAGCCGCCUCUCUCUGCCAAGACCUCCUGUUUAUCCAAGACCAAGGGGGUCUCCGGUGCUGGAAUCUGCUGCAUAUGAAGACAGCCCUGCCAUCUGGACCGUCCACCCAGGAGUUGCUGCAGAUCCACACAUCCCAGGAAAAGGAGCAGAAGAAGAAUCUGGGGAAUGUUCUGAAUUGGUUGGACAAUCUGUUGAAACAGGCACUGGACCGAAUCCCUCAGCUUGAGGGAGCUGUGGGAGACUGGUGGGAGCAGCCAGGCCAAGCUGCCGUCUCUGGGGAGCACUGCCAGGGUUUGUCCCUGCCCCAGUGGCGGCUACGCUGGGUCCAAGCCCAGGAGGCCCUACAGAAGCUAUGCAGAUGA